AUGGCCUUUGCUAUUGAUGAGAUCAACAGAAACUCCAACCUGCUACCUAAUGUGACUCUGGGAUACAGUCUUUAUGAUACCUGUCUAAACAUAAGAAUUGGAUUUUGUGCAGCAUUGUCCUUAGUCAGUGGUCAAGAGGAGCAGUUUGUAUUAGACGAGACCUGUGUUGGAACCCCUCCAGUAGUGGGGAUUGUGGGUGAUUCUUCCUCUACACAUUCUAUUGCCAUCUCCAGUGUCUUAGGCUUGUACAGAGUGCCCAUGGUGCGUGCUAUGAUCCAGAUUCUAAAACACUUUGGCUGGACUUGGGUUGGCCUGUUGAUCAGUGAUGAUGACUAUGGACUUCACGCUGCCCGAUCCUUCCAAUCUGACCUGGUUCAGUCUGGGGGAGGCUGUCUGGCCUAUAUGGAGGUUUUGCCUUGGGACAAUGACCAAGAUGAAUUAAGAAGGAUUGUGGAUGUGGUGAGGCAGAAUGUGACAGGCCUGCAGUGGAUGGCCAGUGAAGCUUGGACAGCAGGAACUGCGCUCCACACUCCCCACUUCAUGCCACACCUGGUUGGCACACUGGGUAUCUCCAUCCGUCGAGGAGAAAUCCCAGGCCUCAGGGAAUUCCUCUUACAAACACGUCCUGACCUACACAACAACAACAGCUAUGGAAACAGCAUGCUGGUGUAUUAUUUGGAAAAGGUCAACUUCACCACAUCAUUUGGUGAUCAAGUGACAUUUGAUGAGAAUGGUGAUGUCUUACCAAUAUAUGAUAUCAUGAACUGGCUGUGGCUCCCUGAUGGAACAAUUAAACUUCAGAAUGUGGGUGAGGUUAAGAAGUCAGCCUUCAAAGGUGAAGAAAUCUCCAUUGAUGCAGACAAAAUCUUCUGGAACUUUGACUCAAACCAGCCACCCCGGUCAGUGUGCAGUGAGAGCUGUCCUCCAGGUACCCGUGUGGCCAGAAAGAAAGGAGAACCUGUGUGCUGCUUUGACUGCAUCCCUUGUUCUGAGGGAAAGAUCAGCAGUGAGACUGACUCAUUGGAGUGCACCAGUUGUCCAGAGGACUUCUGGCCCAGCCUCCAGCAUGACCACUGUGUUCCCAAGAAAACAGAGUUCCUCUCCUACCAUGAACCUCUGGGUAUUGGCCUGACAGCUGCUGCAUUGCUGGGCACCUGUAUGUGUGCUGUUGUCCUGGGCAUCUUCAUCUGUCAUCGCAGAACACCAAUAGUACGCGCCAACAAUUCAGAACUGAGUUUUCAGCUGUUGCUGUCACUUAAGUUAUGUUUCAUGUGUUCACUGCUGUUUAUCGGUCGUCCCACGCUGUGGACAUGCCAGCUGAGACAUGCAGCAUUUGGGAUCAGUUUUGUGCUUUCCAUCUCAUGUAUCCUGGUGAAAACUGUGGUGGUCUUGGCUGUGUUCAAGGCCUCCAAGCCAGGAGGUGGAGCCAGUCUGAAGUGGUUUGGUGCUAUGCAGCAGAGAGGGACAGUCAUGGUUCUUACUUCUAUUCAGGCAACAAUUUGCACUGCCUGGAUUGUAUCUGCCUCACCAGUUCCUCAUAAAAAUACUCACUAUUACAACGAUAAGAUUGUUUAUGAGUGUGUAGUUGGGUCCACAAUUGGUUUUGCAGUUUUGUUGGGUUAUAUUGGCUUCCUGGCUGUCCUCAGUCUUUUUAUUGCAUUUAUAGCAAGGAACCUUCCAGAUAGUUUCAAUGAGGCCAAACUCAUCACUUUCAGCAUGCUGAUCUUCUGUGCUGUGUGGGUGGCCUUUGUCCCUGCUUAUGUCAGCUCACCAGGCAAAUAUGCAGAUGCAGUGGAGGUAUUUGCCAUCCUGGCCUCCAGUUUUGGUCUCCUGGUAGCACUGUUUGGACCCAAAUGUUACAUAAUCCUGCUGAGACCAGAGAGGAACACAAAGAAAGCUAUCAUGGGUCGAGGCAUUGAGACAAACAGCAGUACUUAAUUUCACCAAACAGAUUCAUUUGAAAUGUACAACAAUGCAGGCAGUUAAUAAUGACAAUAGCAAUGUUAACAUGUUGAGAAAGCAGAGCUAAUGCUAAACAAAUUUACCUGCAAUAAUCCUUACUCAUGUAACACUACU